GAGGGGAAGGGAGGGAGGGAUGGCAUUUCGCUUGGCAGGAACGUUUGACUCUCUUGUCGUCUAGUGCGCGUGCGUCCGGUGGGGUGGUGGGUCGAGACUGAGGAUUUGAAUUUGAACUGAGGUUGGUUCGAGAGAGUCCCGGUAACGCGCAACGUCGUCCAUGCAACUUGCAUGAACGCUCCGCGCUUGCAUGAUGCAAGCGCGGAGCGUUCGAGCGCGGCUUGGCGUCGGCGAACGUUGGGGCUCGGGUUAGAGAGAGUGCCGGAUCUUGUCGAGUCGGGGCACGGUUCCUUCCAGAUCUUGAGAAUGCGUCCGGUUGAUGAAGAUCUGAUAAAAGGUUUCCGCUUCGAGGCUCGGAGUGGUCUUCGAUUCUCUUUGUUCUGCUGAGGAUCGUCGUCGCAGAAACAUUUCUUUCUUCGCGUGAGCGCGAGCCACUUCUCGAUAGCUCGCUCGCCUUUCAUGGCGGGAUGAAAGCUUUGAACAG